AUUUUGAGAAUAUUACGUCUCCCAUGUUAUAUUGGAAAACCUUACAUAUUGUUGUAUUGUGUUGUUCAUUCGAGACAGUCAUUUUUCUUUACGUGAGUGGUCAAGUUGGAUUUAAUUUUUUCACCAUGAAAUUAUUUUUGCUCGUGGUUUGUGCUUUGGCAUUUUUUGAAAGUUCUGUGUUCGGUGGUCCCGUUCUAAAUAAAGAUGGUAUUGUCGGUGUCAGUCAAAAAAACCUCCAGGAAUACAUAACCAAAGCUCUUAAAGGAUUCAAAAAUGUAAUGUUGAAAGGAGACGCAGAACUGAAUUAUCCUAUUAUGGAGCCGUAUAAAUUAGGAAACGUUAACCAGGAUUUUAUAGAUCCGUCUGGAAAAAACAAACACAGCGUCAAAGUUGGCUUUAAGGACGCCGUUUUACACGGACUUUCGAAUUAUGAGAUAGGUGGGGUGGAAGCGAGCGCUAAAGAUAUGCGAUUCAGUUUCGCUCUGACUUUCUCCAAUCUAGAAACUGAAAUGCCCUACACAUUAGAUGGAUACAUAUUCAAAGGCAUGAUGCCUAUGUAUGGCGAAGGUCUUCUCAAGCUCUCCGCUCCCGAGCAACAGUUUUAUGUUACGAUUGAUUUGGGUAUCGAGAAAGGAUUAAUUAUGCUUGAAAAUUUACUUCUUCAUCGAGACAGUUCCAAUAUAAAUGCUAAAGUCACUGGUCUGAUGGAUCUAAAGGAUGAUUUUGCUGACUACGUGCUGGAUGACAUUUUGGACAAUAUUGUGAAGAAACAUGGUAACAAUGCAUUGAAAAACUACAUCAGUGACCUCAUCGAAAAGACGGUUGGUGGAAUGACCACAGAUGAGUUUUUCAAAUUCCUCGAUCAUUUUGUCGAAAAGUUUGAUGAAAAGUGAAUGAAUUCUCGUUGAAAUGUUUAUUUGUGAAGAGAAUGGUAUGCAAUAAGUUGAAUGCCUUUAUUUCAUAACUAUUUUUAAACUAUGAAUUUCAAACAAAAAUAUAUUUUGUGAAAUUGAAA